GGACAGAGAAGCUGGCAGCCCCACGGGGCAUCACUUUUGGCGGGGGCUGGCCGGGCUGUGGUUACCUGUCUUCAAGCAGGAUGGUGAACCUGGACAUGAUGCACACAGAUAUCAAGAUGAGCGGCGAUGUGGCUGACUCCACAGAAGCGCGCAGCAAUGGCAAUCAUGCAGAACCUGGAAAUGAUCGGAACGGCCUGGAUUUCAAUAGACAGAUCAAGACGGAAGACCUCAGUGACUCCGUGCAAAGUGCUAUCCCUUCCCGACCAGGCCAUCUAGUACAAGGGCCCUCAAUGAUGCCUGGAGGCCAAAUCGCUGGGGAUAUGAGUUCUCUUCACACUUUGCAGCAACUCGUGCAAGUCCCAGGGCACAUGCAAUCCGUCCCGCUGUUCCUGCUUUCUCAGGCCUCGACGGGUCAACAAGCUCUGCAGUCAAACCUUCUCUCCUAUUCCCAGCCGCAGAGCGGACUCCUCCUCCCACAACACGGACACAGUUUAGCAUCUCAGGCGGUGGGACGUCCCGGGCACCCUGGCUCAUCAUUAGAGACCCACCUGGAGGUACCUCAGCAUUUACAAGUUGCCAAACACUUGCCGUCCUCAGCAGCGACAGAUGAAGCCAACGACUUAGAAGAACUAGAGAAAUUUGCCAAGACUUUCAAACAGAGGCGAAUCAAACUGGGAUUUACACAGGGUGAUGUAGGCUUAGCCAUGGGCAAGCUAUACGGCAAUGACUUCAGCCAGACCACCAUUUCACGCUUCGAGGCCCUCAACCUGAGCUUCAAGAACAUGUGCAAGUUAAAACCACUUCUGGAGAAGUGGCUGAAUGAUGCAGAAUCUUCCCCUUUAGACUCCUCUGUGAGCACCCCCACUUCUUACCCAUCCGUGAGCGAAAUGUUUGGGCGCAAGAGAAAGAAACGCACCAGCAUCGAGACCAACAUUCGCUCCACGCUGGAGAAACGUUUCCAGGAGAACCCCAAGCCCAGCUCAGAGGAGAUCUCGAUGAUUGCCGAACAGUUGUCCAUGGAAAAGGAAGUGGUCCGGGUUUGGUUCUGCAACCGUCGUCAGAAAGAGAAGCGCAUCAGCUGCCCGAUGCCCUCCCCUAUCAAAUCUCCCCUCUACAACUCCAGACUGAUUUCUACCUCAGGAUCUUUGGGUCCCCUCCCUGUCACGCCUGUUCACAGCACCAUGCACGGGGCAGUGACGUCUUCAUGCUCUCCUGGCAACUCCAGCAGGCCUUCAUCUCCUGGCACGGGACUGCACGCCAGCAGCCCGGGCAUGUCCCAGGCUAACUCCAAAGCAGCCAUCAACUCAACCAGUUUCAACUCUUCCGGGUCAUGGUACCGAUGGAACCAGCCCACCUACCUCCACUGAAGCCUCAUUGCCUAAAGGUCUACCAAAUCUGCCUUUCUCUCCUCCGUAGAAAAAAAAAAGAAGGGUCGACUUCUUGCUAUGGACUUACUUCUCCAAGAAGGGUGGCUUCGACUGGGAUUGGCACAGCUGUCCAGGUGCCUUCAGAGACCCUUUGGUCUCCCCUGAGCCCUUAACCUCCCAUUGACGGGAGCUGCCCUGCAAUUGCCACGGAAAGAGACUCAAACUGUGACGGAACCCCAAGCGGUCGAGAGUUGCGAGUGCGAAUUGUAUGUGUGUGCGCGCUGCAUCGGUGCGACACCUGCUGCCUCGUCAACCUCAAAUACUCAUCUCCUGGGGUCUAAACCUUUUUCUCAGCAACUGAUGUCUGGCAAUCCUGGAUGGGAAAAGGUUGCUGUUUUCUCCCUUGAACUCAUAAAAUGCUUCUUGCCAGAGGAUAUUAUGCAGCUGCCUCUAUUCUCAGACCUAAAACCACAGAUACGUCCUUGAGGAUCCCCUAACCUGAGGCGAUGGUGCACAAUUAUGUUCCCCAAAGGCUUUAAGCUAGAUUGGGAUGUUUUAGACCUUGCAAAAAAACAUUCCAAAGCAAGAGGAAGGUGCUUAUGAUCAUUAUUUGCAGCAUUUGUCUAUUCAAAAUCCCGAGCCUCUGUUGCUUUAGAUGUAUGUCCAUUUCCUGUCUGUUUUCAGCCCUAGACAUUUUAGAAAAGAAAGCCCAUGAGCUGGUCGAUCCAUGGUAAGAAAAACGAAGAGAGAAUUCACCUGCAUCAGGUGCUCUAAAAGAUUGUGCGCAGACAUUACAAUUUUCAGGUUUUUCGGCAUAGGGUUUUUCGUCUGAUUCGGUUUAUCCCCUUAUUUCCAUGCACAUUUUUGCACCUUCAGUUUUAGAGUCUUCAACCUGUCCCCAUUUUUUCUGCGUUUUUUUUUUGAAGGGGGGGGGGACUGCUUGUACCCCGGCUUCUUUCUGGAAGCCAGUUUUGAGUCACCUUUUUCCUCAUGCAUAAUGUUUUUGUUGGUUUUCUUUGCCCUGCCCAAUCCUACCCACCUCCAGCCCAUUUUUCUAUGAUUGGACUGUCGUCAUCAU